AUGCCAAACUGGGGUGGAGGAGCUAAAUGUGCUGCCUGUGAAAAGACUGUGUACCAUGCUGAAGAGAUUCAGUGCAAUGCCAGGAGCUUCCACAAAACCUGCUUCAUUUGCAUGACCUGCCGGAAAGGCCUGGACAGCACAACGGUAGCGGCACACGAGUCAGAGAUCUACUGCAAGUCCUGCUAUGGCAAGAAAUAUGGCCCAAAAGGCUAUGGCUAUGGACAGGGUGCAGGAGCACUGAACUCAGAUCCGACAGACCCAGAUCUCCAAUCUCAAGAGACAAAGUCUCAUCGGCCCACACCCUCUAAUCCAAACUCCAACAAGUUUGCCAAGAAGUUUGGUGGUUCAGACCAAUGCCCCCGCUGCUCCAAAGCAGUGUAUGCAGCAGAGAAGGUCAUGGGAGCAGGGAAGCCCUGGCACAAAACAUGCUUUCGCUGUGCCCUGUGUGGGAAAAGCCUGGAAUCUACCACAGUGACAGACAAAGAUGGAGAGAUCUAUUGUAAAGUUUGCUACGCAAAAAACUUUGGUCCAAAGGGGCGAGGUCUUGGCAACAUGGGAGUGGUUGAGGAGAGAGAAUGA